CCUCGCGCGCAGUAAGGAGUGGCACUUUUUAAAAGUGCAGCCCGGAGGCCAGCCCGCAGCCGCCGACACCUCGGUCCGAAGCCUGGUGCCGCUCGUCCCGGCCGCGCGUCCCCCCAGUCCCUCACCGCCCGGUCCAGGCCCGUCUAGCCCGCACGAUGCCGGUCAAAGGAGGCACCAAGUGUAUCAAAUACCUGCUCUUCGGAUUUAAUUUCAUCUUCUGGCUUGCUGGGAUCGCGGUCCUUGCUGUUGGACUAUGGCUCCGAUUCGACUCUCAGACCAAGAGCAUCUUCGAGCAAGACAGUCAACCUUCCAGCUUCUACACAGGAGUUUAUAUUCUGAUUGGAGCUGGUGCCCUCAUGAUGCUGGUGGGUUUCCUGGGCUGCUGUGGGGCCGUGCAAGAGUCCCAGUGCAUGCUGGGAUUGUUCUUUGGCUUCCUCUUGGUGAUAUUUGCCAUUGAAAUAGCUGCGGCCAUCUGGGGCUAUUCCCACAAAGAUGAGGUGAUUCAGGAAGUCCAGGAGUUUUACAAGGACACCUACAACAAGCUGAAAUCCAAGGAUGAGCCCCAGCGGGACACCCUGAAAGCCAUCCACUAUGCGCUGGACUGCUGUGGUUUGGCUGGUGGAGUAGAACAGUUUAUCUCCGACAUCUGCCCCCAAAAGGAUAUACUGUCAUCCAUCACAGUGAAGCCCUGCCCUGAGGCCAUCAAAGAAGUCUUUCACAACAAAUUCCACAUCAUCGGCGCAGUGGGCAUUGGGAUUGCUGUGGUGAUGUCCCACUCCCCUGCCCAGUUAAAGGAGGAAGAUAAGGCUGGGGGAGGAGGGGAUAGCCGGCCACUCGCUGCACCUGAAAGCCAGGUGGGCGCCAAAGAUCACUCGGUCCUUACCCUCACCACCGCCUGCCGCGACGCCCAGCCUCGCAUUUAUGCCUCAUUACUCUGGCGCCUCGCAGGGGUCUGGCCGGGAGAGCAGGGCCGGAGGGUGGCGCGCGGUUCCAAGUUGCGCACAGUCCGGGUAGCUGACCCAGGCCUGGCUGCGGGGCUGGCAUUGCCGGAGCAGCCGUCGGCGACCGGGAGCCCCGCGGGCGGGGGGCCGGCGGCGCGGGCGGCGGGCGCUGGGACACCUGCGGGCACAGCCUCAGGGGACCCUUUUCUCCUGGACAUUGAAGCUAUGACCCUUCCGAGGUGA